AUGACCGCUCUUCCCUUGAGCCGUCCUAGGUAAUCAAUUAAAAUGGUGAGGUAUUCUCUUGAUCCAGAGAACCCCACAAAAUCAUGCAAAUCAAGGGGCUCAAAUCUCCGGGUCCAUUUCAAGAAUACCCGGGAAACAGCCCAAGCUAUCAAGGGCAUGCAUAUCAGAAAAGCUACCAAGUAUUUGAAAGAUGUCACAUUGAAAAAACAAUGUGUGCCUUUCCGCCGUUAUAAUGGUGGAGUUGGCAGGUGUGCUCAGGCUAAGCAAUGGGGUUGGACACAAGGUCGGUGGCCCAAAAAGAGUGCUGAAUUCUUGCUGCAUAUGCUUAAAAAUGCAGAGAGUAAUGCAGAACUGAAGGGUCUGGAUGUGGAUUCUCUUGUCAUUGAGCAUAUUCAGGUUAACAAGGCCCCCAAAAUGCGACGGCGUACUUAUAGGGCUCAUGGUCGAAUCAACCCAUACAUGAGUUCUCCUUGCCACAUUGAGAUGAUCCUUACUGAAAAGGAACAAAUUGUUCCUAAACCAGAAGAGGAAGUUGCUCAAAAGAAAAAGAUAUCCCAAAAGAAAUUGAAGAAGCAAAAGCUUAUGGCACGAGAGUAAAUACGACAGUGCAAAUAAAAGUGAAGUGAAAUGUUA